UCUCUGUGGUGGCUCUGUUCUCCCAGCCUGCAGAAUAAGGGAAGCUUUGAGAGCUUUAUUUUGAAAAGAGGCGUGCUGCCUUUCAGCCUCUUAACUUGACAGCAGCCGGAGCAGCAAGGAUAGAUGGGACCACUUCUGUUACGUUACAAAACACCGAGUUGGGUGAAUUGGGAGGAAACGUGGGGCGCACUUUGCACGUGUAUGUUUUGUAAGAUAUCCUUGGCGCAUAUUAUAGGCUUUCAUUGAUCAUCGUGAAUAACAAUGAGUAAACAGACGCACAGAAAGGUAAAUGUGAGUAAAACAGAACAUUUUGACCUUUUUCUUUUUUUUAAAUCCGGGGACAAUUUGCUCUUGAGAGCCCUCUAAACGGAACCCAUGCUCUUGGUUUGGUAAUCAUUCAUCUCUCGGACGUCUGAUACAGUGAAGCGCUGUACAGAUUAUUGUGUUUAACAGAAAACCGUACAUUUUUACUGUUAAACCACGAUGGAGGUCGGUGGCGGAAAUCCAAAGAUGCCCCUUGGUGAGAGAGACUAUGCUUUGAAAUCCUUGGAUCCCAAAGUGAUCUCCGAGAGAGCAGCGAACGCAGAGCCGCAGAGACCCACCUGGAGCGGCCGGCUGGAGUUCCUCCUGGCGUCGGUGGGGUACGCGGUGGGACUGGGCAAUGUCUGGAGGUUCCCCUACCUGUGCUACAGCAGCGGUGGAGGUGCCUUCAUGAUCCCUUAUUUCACCAUGGUGGUCCUGUGUGGCAUCCCUCUGCUCUUCAUGGAGUUCUCUAUUGGGCAGUACACUCGUUUAGGGCCAGUGCAUGCUCUCGCCAAAAUCUGUCCCUUGUUAAAAGGUGUUGGCGUGGCCACAGUUGUUAUCUCCUUUGUGUUGUCCACGUACUACAAUGUGCUCAUGAGCUGGGCACUUUACUAUUUCUUCCACUCGUUCGGAGCGACCCUCCCCUGGACAUCCUGCAACAACACCUGGAAUGCUGUCGGAAACUGUUCCAGUGGUUUCCCUGGCAACACCACCCACCUGCAAUCGGCCAGCCAACAGUUCUUUGAUCACAGACUUCUGCAGAAAACCAGUGGCAUUGAAGAAGCUGGUGGCAUUUGCUGGGAACUCUUUGGCUGUCUAAUUUUCUCCUGGGUUAUCGUGUAUUUCUGCAUAUUUAAAGGAAUCAAAUCCACUGGCAAGGUUGUGUAUUUCACGGCUGUAUUUCCGUACUUCAUCCUGUUUGCACUGCUCAUUAAUAAUGUGCAGCUUCCUGGAGCCAAGGAUGGUAUCCUCUACUUUGUGACACCUGUCUGGGGCAAACUGUUUGAAGUGCAGGUCUGGGUUAAUGCCGCUGCCCAGGUGUUUAACUCCAUUGGAAUAGCAUUUGGCACCAUGAUUUCGAUGGCCAGUUACAACAAGUUCAACAACAACAUUCUCAGGGACGCUUUAAUUGUAUCAUUUACCAACUCAUUCACUAGUAUCCUGGCGGGCUUUGUGAUCUUCUCAGCUAUUGGCUACAUGGCUCAUAUACAUAACCUCCCAGUGGAAAACAUAGCUACAGAUGGUCCUGGUUUGGUGUUUGUCGUGUACCCGGAAGUCCUCUCCACCAUGCCUGUUUUUCAGCUGUGGGCCCCUCUGUUCUUCUUCAUGCUGCUGUGUCUGGGACUGGACAGCCAGUUUGCCAAUGUUGAGGUGGGUAUAACGUUCAUAAAAGAUGAGUUUGGCCCCCAAGUUCUGCGUUUCCUAAAGAGAGAGGAGCUGCUGACCCUGGCCAUUUGCAUCAUUGGCUUCAUCAUGGGGGUUCCUCAUGUAACCAAGGGAGGCAUCUAUGUGUUCCAGCUGAUGGACCACUACACCGCUGUGGUCUCCCUUGUGUUCCUGGCUUUCUUUGAAGUUGUCGCUGUAUGCUGGAUCUUUGGUACCUCACGAGUCUCAUUAAUGGUCAAGAGGAUGCUAGGAAAAACUCCAAACAUCUACUUUCGUGUGUGCUGGAUGCUGCUCUGUCCUCUGUUGGUGCUGUGUAUACUGAUCUCCAGCAUCGUCCAAUACACUCCUGCUCACUAUGGGGAGUACACCUACCCAGGGUGGGCUGAAGGGGUGGGCUGGGGCAUCUCAAUGGUCUCCAUCGUGUGGAUCCCACUCGGAGCCAUUCAAGAGGUCUAUAGCCACAAGGGCUCACUGCUACAGCGACUUAAAAAAGCAAUGAUUUCCACAAUCGACCUGGAUGCUGACGAAUCUUUGCCGGAAAAACUAAACCUGGACAACCCGGCGUCUGAAGCCUUGUUUACUUCAGUGGCAUGACGAAGCCAAGUCUGUGCGUCUGUGCAUACCAAACCCUGUGAUAGGGUCAAAGGUACUGUUUAGUAAUGGAAUAAACCAUAUGUACACUGAGAUACACAAUCUUUUAGUUUCUAUCAUACAACUAUAAUAUCCUAUUUGUUCUACCAAAGGACAGUUUCUUUACUGUAUCGUAAUCCUUACAUACAUGUGCAGUAAUUUAACAAGCUGCAGUUGACUUCAAUAGCAUACAAAAUCUUUUUCACCUUGUACAAGGUAUUUAUUAAAGAUCUUAGAUUUUGUCCAACAACUAAAGGUUAAUUUAUUUAAAUUAAUUUCAUUUGAACCCCCCUGUAGGUGUUCAUUUUAACCAAAGAUUGAAAUUUAAAUGAUUAUUUUCCUCCCUUUGGUUGAUUAAAUGCCUGCUGUAUGCAGUGAUGUUUCCUAAUGCAAUGUGUAAAUAAGACUGUAUUAUGUAUCCAUGGUAGAGGUUAUCAGUGACUUAUUAACCCUUUUUUAGCUACAUUUAUCACUUUAUCAUUUUAGUCACAAAUGUGCUGUAGAGGCCUAUCCCACUGGAGAGUCUCCUCCAGAUGCAGUGGUGAAAUGCAGCCUUUGGCCUUUUAACCCAUAAAACUGUACUGUUCUUUUUAAUGGUGUGUUCAGGCAAUCCUUUUCUAAAUGUAGAGUGAGUAUUUGCUAGGUUUCGGUGGUCAGCACCUAGAAUAGUCCAAUUAAAAAAGCACAGCAAUGUGUGAUAGAAGAGACUAAACAUAACCUAACAACCGUUUGUUUUUGAUGGCAGCCUGAUGUGUUGGUAAUCCCCAGACAUAACAGAAAAAGUUACAAAAAUAAAUGCACAAGUGUGCUUAGUUAAAAGUUACCCUUUAACAUUGUUGCUAGUCGUCUGUCUUGUGAAACAGAACUGUUCUAGUUUUUCUCUGUAUUUUACAAAUAGGGAAGCUGCCAAUACAAACUUAGAAAUGUUCCACUUUAUGAUUGACGUGGACUGCCUGAACGCAUCAUUAGUUUUGACCUAUGAGUGGCUAGACUGCCUCAGAUAUCCAAACACUCAGCAGACAAUGACACUUGAGUGUUUGGAUAUAUUUUAUCAUUUUAACUUUCCAGUGCCUGAACAGGUUUCAAGUGAACACACAUAAGCAGAGGUCUUAAAACAGAACUAUACAAAUAGAAUCUUUUCUCAGAAUAACAGACAAACAUGUUUUACAUGCAAUUUGAUUGUGAAUUUAUAUUAAAUGCAUUGUGUUGAGUUUUCAAUGCAAUUUGCGGCAAAGCUUGACAUAGACUCACUUGUGAGUGAUGUAAUCCAGGCAGGUUCCUGUUAUAUGAGGGUGAAUCAGUUCUCGGAUCUUGUCUGAUACAUACAGACUGAGUUAAUAUAAUUCUUUUCAGCAAUGCUUUUGGCAUUAUAUAACCUACCUUGGAGCAGGCCACUCACAAGAUUUUAGAGAUUAUAAAUGGUGCCUUUGAUCUUCUUCUACAAAGCUAAAUUGGGCUAAUGAGUGUAGCUAAUAUUGAGGAGGGCAACAUUUAUCUGGUAAUCCGGUAAACCUUCCAUUCAGUGUUCCAUAUUGUAUUGACCCAAAACCUGCAGUUAAUUACUGACUGUUUCAUCUCACACCAAAAGAUUCACUUUGGUGGAAACAUUAUUUAUUUUAUCUCAAGCAUUAACUUUGAGAUUGUUCCCUGGUGUUAGGUAGUUUAUUUUAGUUUUUUUAAAUGAUUGACCUCUUGAGAUUGUACCAGAUCGGGUAGAAAAGGGUUCAGUCAGUGUUGGACUGUUGUUGAAGUGUAAGCUUUGGGUUAAUAUAUUAUGUAGACAAACUGCCUUUGCUGGAAAAGACCAGAGGAGAUGUCUGUACUAUAAAUGGGAAAGUCAUGCUUUGGUGUAAGAUUGUCUAAAAUGUUGUGCCCUACUUUUGGUUAUUGGCCUUUUCUGUCUCACCAGGUAUUUUUAUCAAACAAACCCUCAUUCAGGAGUGCCUUUAACCCUGAGUACUGAUAACAUGCUCUGAUAAAAAAUAAAAUGCUCAAAACACCUGAAUAUAAUUUAAAACUGUGCAAGGAACAAUUUAAUACUUUCCUCAACGAUGAUAGAUGCAUUUUACACUGUAACACAAUUUAAAAAGUGAAAAUGCUGUCAAUCCAGUUUUGUAUUUGUUCUUUUUUGUGCAAAUAUAUGGCGUUAAGGGCAGUUUUUUUUUAUUUACAUAAGAGAAGCAAAGUGCCUUUCAUGAAAAUAUUUUGUUUUUAGAUCAUCUAUGUUGAAUUUGACAACCAAAACUUUUAUUUAAGAUGUUGCAUAUAUAUGCUGUGUUUUUGUAAGCUGCAUUAUUUUGCUUUAUGUCAUGAAUUGUAUCAAUUGUUUAAAUGUGCAAUGAGGAUUUUGAAGAGAAUAACACAACCAUUAGCCACGGUUUGCUGCUGCAGUUUGUGGCUGAAUAGAAACCUGCAGAAUCUGUUUGAUCGAUGAAACAAGAUUGUUCAUCCCUCAUUUCAAAUAACCCCUCAUAAUAUACAAUCUCAUUGGAAAUUUGUAACUUUGGCUGCUGUUACGUUAUUUUUUACAGUUCUUAGUGACUUCAUUAAAAGCUGCAGAGUUCUCCCAAAUUCUCACACUGACAGUGAACACGCUCAUCACACUUUAUGCAAAAAAUGUAAAUAAUUUUAAGGCGAGACAUUUCUUUAUUUUUAAAUUCAAGACACACAUGUGCUUUAUCAUGUUUUAUGUUCAUUCAAAUGAAUCCUACUUUAUUGGAUUUCAUUUUUGUUAUCAUGUCAGCAAAUAUGUUUCAUUUUUCUAACUGUUUUUAUCAUAAUUCUGCUGUGUUGAUUUGUGGUGUCUUAACAUUUUGUCAAAUAAAGAGCUUUCA